AUGUCUGCCUCAAGAAGCAUCUGCCUCCUUGUUUUGCUGAUGGUUCCCUUCUGCUCCUCCCGAUCCAGUCACCUACCAGCGGCAGCUGCGCUGGAAGACAAUGGUGGGAGUGGAGAGGGGGAGGGGGCUUCCUCCAUCCCACCCCCUGCAAGCGUGACAUUGGGUGUGAACCCCACCUUGGGUGACAUCCUGGUGACCUCAGUGAACGAGACGUCGGCCACCCUCAACCUCCUGGAUGGGAUCGUGGAUUUCUUCCGCGAGUACAUGCUGUUAAUAAUCGUGGUGGGUUCUUUGGUCUUCAUCUUCUUGUUCAUCGUCUGCGCUGCCGUCAUCGUCCGGCAGAAGCACAAGGCCUCGGCCUAUUACCCAUCCUCUUUCCCGAAGAAGAAGUAUGUGGACCAGAACGACAAGUCGGGAGGUGCCAAAGCUUUCAGCGAAGUGCCGGAGAAGGUUGGUGAUUCCUGCCAGGAAGAGCCGGUGGAUUCCACCAAACAACUGCAGGCAGACAUUUUGGCAGCAGCUCAAAACCUUAAAUCCCCGACCAAGGCUGUCACAGCAAAUGGAGAGAGUGCCAAAAUAGAGGAGAAACCCAUCAAGGAAAGGGAGGAAGGAGCUCAGGCGCCAGAGAGUGACAGAAAGGAAGAGGAAGGAGCUACCAAAGCCCAGGAUUGUCCACAAGAGGAGGCUGAGCUUCCUACAGAGACUUCAACUACCCACAACCUGGCAGAUGCUGAAGUCGAUGGAGGAGAAGCGCCACCCACUGUGGGUAGCCAGCAGGUGGAGGAAACCAUGCCACCUUCUCCAGAGGAACCCCAGGAAUUGGCCGGGACUGAUAAUUCCAUCACACAAACCUUGGAAAGCGAGAAUCAGGAGUCUUCUGACCAAAAAACUUGUGAUGAGAGCACCUCAGGAGACUAA